AUGGAAGUAGCACGUGGGUCUUCCGCCGCCCUUCGCGGCCAACUAGCAGACAUGGGAUUUAGGGAAGCGGAAAGCAUAGUAGGAAGUAGGUCGGGGGGGGAAGGGCGGGACCAGCAGUCAGCGAUGGUACUGGCGGCGGUGGCGGAGUCGAUAGAGAUGCUGCGCACGGCGGGCAGCGAUGCGGACGAGAAGGAGCGCGUCGCCAUGCAGCUCAGCCAGCUGGCGGAGACCAGCGUGGAUGCGCGCGCGGCCAUCGGCUACCACGCGCAGGCCAUUCCGCUGCUCGUGGGGCUCGUGCGCUCGGGCACGCUGCCUGCGCGCACGCAUGCAGCGGCGACUCUGGGGGCGAUCUGCGACGAGCAGGAGCUGCGCGUGAAGGUGCUGCUGGGGGGGUGCAUUCCGCCCAUGCUGGCGCUGCUGCGCAACGGCCCCAAGGACUCGCAGAUGGUGGCGGCCGAGGCGCUCUUCGCCAUGUCCAAGGCGGGGUCCGGGCGCGACGCCGUGGGGUCGCGCAUCUUCGCGUCGGAGGGCGUGGUGCCGGCGCUGCUGCAGCAGCUGCAGAAGCACGCGGGCAUCCACCCGGACGUGCUGGGGCUCGUCACGGGCGCCAUGCGCAACCUGUGCUACGCCGUGCCGGGCUUCUGGCGCACGGUGGAGGCGGCGGGCGGCGUGGAGAUCUUCACGAGCAUGCUGUCCAUGGGGCGCCCCGCCACGCAGGAGAACGCCGCCGCGCUGCUCACCAGCUUCCUCACCAGCCCCUACCUCGCGCACCCCAAUGCGGCGGCCGCCGCCGCCGCGCAGCAGCAAGCCAAGGGCAAGUCUCCAGCCGCUACAGUGGCGGCAGCAGCGGCGGCAGCGGCGGCGGCAGCCAUGGAGGGCGGAGAAGGGCUGGAGGAGGCGGCGAAUGCGGCGGCGAGAGUGGUGGAGGCUGGCGCCAUCCCACCGCUCCUCGCGCUGCUGCAGCCGGGUAGGGAGGUGGCGGUCAGGACGGAGGCGGCUGGGGCGCUGCGCGCAAUCUCAGCAGUACACGUGGCGGCUCGGGAAAAGAUCGCGGCGGCGGGGGGAGUGGGCAUGCUGAUCCGCGCGACGAUGGCGCCGUCGGCGGAGAUGAUGCAGACGGGGUACGCGCAGGUGCUGCAGGAGAACGCCAUGGGCGCGCUCGCCAACAUCGCGGGCGGCAAGGCGGAGGUCGUCGCGUCGCUGGCGGCGGCGGUGAGCAGCGCGCACUCGGACCGCGAGCUGGCGGACAACAUCGGCGCGCUGGCGUACGCGCUGAUGGUGCUGGACGACGGUGACGACGACGACGGCGCGGCGGAGGACGGUGAUGGCGGGGAGGGCGGGAGCGGAAGCAAGGUGGACGCGGAGGGCAUCGAGCGCGCGCUGGUGGAGAAGCUCAGCCCGCUGCGGCCCGCGUCGGCGGUGGUGCAGGAGCGGUCGAUCGAGGCGCUGGCGAGUCUGUACGGCAACAGCGCGGUGGCGCGCGGGCUGAGCAACGCGGAGGGCAAGCGCAUGCUGGUGGGGCUCGUCACGCUGUCGCCCGCCGACGCGCAGGCGGAGCUGGUGGAGGCGCUUUUCAACGUGUGCGUGCAGGGCGCGCCGCUGUGGAGCGCGCUGCACGGGCGCGAGGGCGUGCUGCAGCUGGUGGGACUGCUGGGGCUGUCGACGGAGGACCAGCAGGAGUGUGCGUGCGCGCUGCUCGCCAUCCUCUCGCACGAGGAGGACGAGAGCAAGUGGGCCAUCACCGCCGCGGGGGGCAUUCCGCCGCUCGUCUCGCUGCUGGGGACAGGCACCGCCAAGGCCAAGGAGGACGCCGCGGAGUUACUGGGUAAUCUGUGUUCCUAUAACGAGGAUAUUCGCGCGUGCGUGGAGACGGCGGACGCGGCCCCCGCGUUGCUGCAUCUGCUGGGCAGCGGGUCGGAGAGGGGACAGGCGGCGGCAGCGCGCGCUCUCAUGCGGCUGGUGUCGGGCGGCAGCAGCGGCGCGAGCAGCGCGAUCGGGCAGCUGACGGGCAUUCUGGUUGCGGAGGUGCCGGAGAGCAAGGUGCACGUGCUGCGCGUGCUGGGCCAGCUGCUCGCCGACUCGCCCGACGCCGCCGACGACGGCACCGCGGCUAACGAGGCGCUUCAGACGCUCGUCGCGCUCGUCGAGUCGGAGCGCGAGGAGACGCAGGAGAGCGCGGCGGCGGUGCUGGCGAAUCUGUUCGCGGCGCGGGAGGAUCUGCGCGAGGGGCCGGUGGCGGCGGAGGCGAUUCCCCCGCUGGUGCGCCUCGUGGAGGACGGCGGCGAGCCCGUAGCCAUGCAGGCGGCGCGCGCGUUGGCGGCGCUGUUCUGCUCCAUCGACAGCAACGAGGAGGCGGCGCACGCGGCGAGGGCGAGCAUCUUCCCGCUGGUGAAGCUGGCGCGCGCGCGCGAGAUGGCGGUGGCGGAGGUGGCGACGACGGCGCUGGCGAAUCUGCUGGCCAACCCCGAGCUGGCGCUCAUGGCGCCGGCGGACGAGGUCGUGCUGCCGCUCUCGCGCCUGCUGCGCGAGGGCACGCCGCACGGCAAGGAGCACGCGGCGGGCGCGCUGGCGCACCUGCUGCACUCGCGCGCGCUGGACGAGGAGCUGGCGGAGAGUAUCCGCCAGUGCAGCACCGUGCUCGCGCUCGUCGCGCUGCUCGCCGUCGGCGCCAGCGAGGACGCGUCCAUGGCGGCACUGGAGGCGCUGGCGGCGCUGGCGCGCGCCAAGGCGCACAACUGGGGCGGGCAGGCGCCGCUGGCGGUGCUGUCGGAGGUGCCGUACUCGAUGGGGCCGCUGGUGGCGGUGCUGGCGGGGGGCACGGCGGGCAUGCAGGAGAAGGCGGUGGAGGUGCUGUCGCGGCUGUGCAAGGACCAGCCCGUGACGCUGGGCGACAUGAUCGCCGGUACUGACAACUGCGUCGCCGCGCUCACCGCGCGCAUCACGGACGCGGAGAGCCUCGAGGUCAAGGUGGGCGGCACGGCGCUGCUGAUCUGCGCGGCGAAGGAGCACCGCGCGGCGACGAUGGCGGCGAUGGAGGCGGCGGGCACGCUGCAGCCGGUGGUGCGGUGCCUCGUGGACAUGCUGGCGGCGCAGCAGCAGUCGCGCGACCAGCAGCAGCAGCAGCAGGGGGCGGAGGAGGGCGACGGGGAGGCGUCGGCGGAGGCGCUGGUGAGCAGCGUGGCGUUGUGGCUGCUCGCCGUCAUGGCGUCGCACGACCACCCCACGCGCGCGCUCGUCGCCGCCGCGGGCGCCGUCGACGUGCUGGUGGACCGCCUCUCGGCGCUGUCGGCGGAGGGGGAGGAGGCGGACGACCUGGGGAUGGAUGGGGAUGGCGGGGAAGGGGGGGACAGCGGGGGGGCGUGGGUGUGCGCGUUGCUGCUGGCGGUGCUGUUCUGCAACCGCGACGUCGUGCGCUCGCCCGUCGCGCUCAGGGCCAUUCCGCCGCUCGCCUCGCUGCUCACCUCGCCCGACCCCUCGCAGCGCUACUUUGCCUCGCAGGCCGUCGCGUCGCUCGUGGCGAGCGGCAGUCGCGGCACGCUGCUCGCCAUCGCCAACAGCGGCGCCAUCCCGCUGCUGCUCGCGCUGCUGGGCCGCGCGGAGGCGGACGUGGCGCACCUGCGCGCGCUGGCGGACGACUUCGAGCUGGCGGGCAGUCCGGAGCAGGUGGCGCUGGAGAAGCUCUUCCGCUGCGACGACAUCCGCGCGGGCCGCCAUGGCAGCGUGGUGGUGCCGCAGCUCAUCGCGCUGCUCACGCCCAACGCCGACCAGCCCAGCGCGCCCGCCGUCGCCAUCGGCCUGCUCACGCAGCUCGCGGCCGGCAGCAGCGCGAACCGCGUCGCCAUGGCGGACUACCGCAUCCUCGAGGCGCUCACCACGUACCUCACGCUCGGCCCUCAGGAGGCGAUGGAGGCGGCGGCGGUGGAGCUGCUGCGGGUGCUGUUCCAGGCGGACGACCUGCGCGUGCACGCCGCCGCGCCCGCCGCCAUGGACCAGCUCGUCGCCGUGCUGCGCGUGGGCUCCCGUGCCGCGCGCCUGCCGGCAGCAUCGGCGCUGGAGGCGCUGUUCGCCGUGGACGCGCACCGCGCCAGCGACGCGGCGCUGCACGCGCUGCACCCGCUCGUCGACAUGCUGGGCAGCGGGGCCGGCGCGGAGGCUGCUGGCGGGGCUGCUGGCGGCGGCGCUGUGGAGGCGGAGCAGCGGGCGGCAGCGGCGGCGCUGUGCCAGCUGGCGCAGGGCAACGUGGGGCGCGUGCUGCAGGCGUGUGAGGAGGGCGGCAUCCCCCUCAUGGCCACCAUCCAGCGCCUGCUCGAGGCGCCCGACAAUCAGCCAGCUGGCAGCAGCGGCGGGUACGACAAGGCGGCGGCGGAGUACCGAGCGGCGGGCGCGGUGGACGCGGUGAUGGACGACGAGCAGCAGGCCAACGUGGUGGCGAGCUGCAGCGCCGUGGCGCCGCUCGUGAGUCUGCUGGAGGGCGAGCGCCACGGGCUGCACGCGGCGGCCAGCAGCGCUUUGUUCAAGCUGGCCAAGGACCGGCGGCAGUGCAAGCUGGACAUGGCGGCGGCCGGGGUCAUCGAGCGCAUCAUCGCCAUCUUCCCCUCCGCGCCCCUCGCCCUCUGCUCGCUGCUGGCGGAGCUGCUGCGCGUGCUCACCAACAACUCCACCAUCGCCAAGGGCGCCGCUGCUGCGCGCCUCGUGGGGCCCGUGUUCGCCAUGCUGCGCCACGCCGAGCUGUCCCCCGCGGCGCAGACGAGCGCACUGCAGGCGCUGGUGAACGUGCUGGAGAAGCCCGGGCGCCUGGAGGCGCUGGACCUGCCGCCCAGCGACGCCAUGGAGCCACUCGUGCCGCUGCUGCUGUCGCCCUCGCUGGUGGUGGCACAGCUGGCGGCGGGGCUGCUGGCGCACGUGCUCACGCUCGAGGCCUUCCACAGCGACGGCAUCACCGCCGCCGCCGCGGCGCCGCUGGUGAGGCUGCUGGGCAGCGAGCUGGAGUCGCUGCGCACGGAGGCACUCAAGGCACUUGAACUCGUGUCCGCCUACUGGCCGGGCGCCAUCGUGGAGGCGGGUGGCAUCGACGAGCUGUCGCGCCUGGUGGCGACGGCGCCGCACCCCAUGUGGCAGAUGGCGGCGACGGUGCUGGCCAACGUGCUGCGCGCACAUGACAAGUGUGCCGCGCAGGUGCCGGUGCCCGUGCUGGUGCGCCUGCUCAUGGCCAACACCGAGCCCGUGCAGGUCGUCGCGCUGUCGGCGCUGCUGGCGCUGGAGCGGGAGGACCCGGCGAGGGCGGACGAGAUGGCGCGCAUGGGCGUGGUGGACGCGCUGCUGGAGCUGCUGCGCUGUCACCAGGUGGAGGAGGCGGCGGCACGGCUGCUGGAGGCCAUCUUCAACAACGCGCGUGUGAGGGAGUCGCAGACGGCGCUGCGCUCCAUCGCACCCCUGGCGUCGUACCUGCUGGACCCCAACUCCGCCGACCCCAACGCCAAGCUGCUCGCCGCACUGGCGCUGGGCGACCUGUUCCAGGAGACCAGCGUGGCGCUCAAGACCGUGGACCUCACGGGCGCGUGCCGCGCGCUGGUGGCGCUCAUGGCGGAGCGCGCGAGCGAGGACCUGGUGAUGGUGGCGCUGUGCGGGCUGCAGAACCUCGUAGCGUCGUCGCGCGCCAACAAGCGCGCCGUGGCGGACGCGGGCGGGUUUGGCGUGCUGGUGGAGCUGCUGACAGGCGGGUCGGCGGAGGUGACGUCACAGGCGGCGAACCUGGUGCGGCUGAUGCUGAACAACCACACGGUGCAGGAGUACGCCACGCCGGAGCUGGUGUCGUCCAUGACGGGCGUGAUCGAGCGCGAGCUGUGGAAGACGGCGAGUGUGAACGAGGAGGUGCUGCAGGCCAUCGAGGGGCUCCUCGCCACCUUCUCCCGCCUGCGCUUCAGCGAGUGCGCCACGGCCGCCAUCCCCGUGCUGGUGGGCGCCAUGAAGGUGGGCAGCGAGGUGGCGCAGGAGACGGCGCUCAACGUGCUGUGGCUGCUGCGGCAGGGGUGGGCGUCGAGCAAGGAGAUGGCGCGGCUGCAGUCCAUCGCCAUGGGCGACACCAUCCCCGUGCUGCAGCUCAUGCUGCGCUCCGGCCCCAUCAACCUCUACGAGAAGGCGGAGACGCUGCUGUCCGUGCUGCCGGGCAGCCUGUCGGUGUGUGUGAAGCGCGGCGCCAACCUCAAGGCGUCCAUGGGCGCCACCAACGCCUACUGCAAGCUCACGCUCAGCGACACCCCCGCCAAGGUCACCAAGGUGGUGAGCGCCACGUGUGACCCCGAGUGGAAGCAGACCUUCACGUGGCCGCUGGACGCCCCUCCACGCGGGCAGAACCUCCACAUCUCAUGCAAGAACAAGGGCACCAUCGGCACCGUGAGUUACUACUGCCUGCCUGCUGCACCCUUCAUGUGCCUCACUAGCUCGUUGGGCAAGGCAACGAUACAGAUAGACCGGGUGGUGGCGCUGGGGAUGGUGUCGGGCACGUACGUGCUGCAGCCAGAGGGCAACCCUGCAACGACCGAUAGCCACCCACCGUGCAGUGAGGAGAAAGGGAGAAGGGAGAAGCUGACCUGCACGGUGGAGAAGGCGAGCAGCGGGGAGGCCACAGUGCCCCCCAGCACGCGGCCGUCGGAGGCAACGAGGGUGGCAUGUGCUGCUAUGACCCACCCCAUGCUGUGUGCUGCUAUGACCCACCCCAUGCUGUGUGCUGCUAUGACCCACCCCAUGCUGUGUGCUGCUAUGACCCACCCCAUGCUGUGUGCUGCUAUGACCCACCCCAUGCUGUGUGCUGCUAUGACCCACCCCAUGCUGUGUGCUGCUAUGACCCACCCCAUGCUGUGUGCUGCUAUGACCCACCCCAUGCUGUGUGCUGCUAUGACCCACCCCAUGCUGUGUGCUGCUAUGACCCACCCCAUGCUGUGUGCUGCUAUGACCCACCCCAUGCUGUGUGCUGCUAUGACCCACCCCAUGCUGUGUGCUGCUAUGACCCACCCCAUGCUGUGUGCUGCUAUGACCCACCCCAUGCUGUGUGCUGCUAUGACCCACCCCAUGCUGUGUGCUGCUAUGACCCACCCCAUGCUGUGUGCUGCUAUGACCCACCCCAUGCUGUGUGCUGCUAUGACCCACCCCAUGCUGUGUGCUGCUAUGACCCACCCCAUGCUGUGUGCUGCUAUGACCCACCCCAUGCUGUGUGCUGCUAUGACCCACCCCAUGCUGUGUGCUGCUAUGACCCACCCCAUGCUGUGUGCUGCUAUGACCCACCCCAUGCUGUGUGCUGCUAUGACCCACCCCAUGCUGUGUGCUGCUAUGACCCACCCCAUGCUGUGUGCUGCUAUGACCCACCCCAUGCUGUGUGCUGCUAUGACCCACCCCAUGCUGUGUGCUGCUAUGACGCACCCCAUGCUGUGUGCUGCUAUGACCCACCGCAAGUGGUGUGGAGGGCAGGGCGGUGGGUGGGCCAGAGAGGGAGGGCGGGUGCACGGAGCCAUUGGCGGACAGCACACACACCGCCCUGCCCUCCUCGCGCGACAACUCAAAUAUCCGCGCAGCUACGUCCUGUGUGCCUCACCCAGGGGAGGACACACGCAGGGGAGGACGAGAGGACUCUUGGCUCGAGCGCUGCACACACGGCAAGGAGGGGAGCACACGGAGCAAGGAGCGGGAGCAGGCAUGAAUUUGUCGCACUGGGGAGCAGCCGCCACAGCAAGGCCGCAGGGAAAGCAGAGAGGUUGGCGAGCAGCAGGGCGAGCAGCAGGGCGGGCGGAGGUGGGAGGGGCGCACGCACAGCUGGGAGCGGCAGGCGGCUCGCUCUGA